AUGUAUUCCAAUAAAAUUGACGGACCCCGUCGAGGAAGGUCCUUUGACUCAAUACACAAGUCUUAUGAGGACAAGCAACUCAACAAUGAGAUGUCUAGGUCCACUUUCCACAAGCUAGAUGAGAAUAAAGACAAGUUUGUGCCAUCUAAGAGAGAACAUGCAGCCAUAAUAUUCUCACUGAAGAAUGAAAUUGGUGGCCUUUUGAAAGCUCUGAAACUUUUUCAGGAAAAUCAAGUUAACCUCCUGCACAUUGAGUCACGUAAGUCCAAGCGGCGUAACUCUGAACUGGAGGUCUUUGUUGACUGUGACAGCGAUCAAGAGAAGCUGAAGGAAAUAAUUCAGUUGCUGCGGAAACAAACACACGUAGUUACCAUGGACUUGCCUGACGCAUCAUUCUGCGUGCCUGAAGAUGAUUUGACUGAGGUGCCCUGGUUCCCCAAAAAAAUCUCAGAUCUUGAUAAAAGUGCCAACCGUGUGCUGAUGUACGGCUCUGAACUGGAUGCUGACCACCCUGGAUUCAAGGACAAUGUCUAUCGUAAGAGGCGGAAAUAUUUUGCCGAUCUGGCCAUGAGCUACAAACAUGGAGAACCUAUCCCUCGUGUGGAGUACACGGAGGAGGAGAUCAAAACAUGGAGUGUUGUUUUCCGAGAGCUGAACAAGCUUUACCCGACACAUGCCUGUAAGGAGUACCUGCGCAACUUGCCCCUGCUCUCCCAGCACUGUGGCUACAGGGAGGACAAUAUUCCCCAGCUGGAGGACGUGUCCCGCUUUCUCAGAGAGCGGACAGGAUUCACUAUUAGGCCAGUAGCGGGGUAUCUGUCACCACGGGAUUUCCUGGCUGGUCUGGCCUUCCGUGUCUUUCACUGUACUCAGUAUGUGCGUCACAGCUCAGACCCACUGUAUACACCUGAGCCGGACACAUGUCAUGAACUCCUAGGUCAUGUGCCACUGCUGGCAGAGCCCAGUUUUGCCCAGUUCUCUCAGGAGCUAGGACUGGCUUCACUGGGGGCGUCUGACGACGCAGUCCAAAAGCUGGCAACUUGCUAUUUCUUCACAGUGGAGUUUGGACUGUGUAAACAGGAAGGAGGACUGAGGGCGUAUGGUGCUGGGUUGCUCUCAUCAAUCAGUGAGCUCAAGCAUGCUCUCUCUGGCAGGGCCAAAACUCUGCCGUUUGAUCCCAAAGUCACGUGCAAGCAGGAGUGCCUCAUCACCACUUUUCAGGAUGUCUACUUCAUCUCUGAGAGCUUUGAAGAGGCCAAGGUCAGGAUGAGGGAGUUUGCUAAGACCAUUAAACGUCCGUUCUCAGUCCGCUACAAUGCUUACACUCAGAGUGUGACAGUGCUUAAGGACAUGCCCAGUAUCAGUACUGUGGUGGAAGAGCUCAGGCAUGAACUGGACAUCGUGGGCGAUGCCCUCUAUCGCCUCAACAAACAUCUGGGUGUCUGA